AUGAGCAAGAAUCGCUUCAAAACCUUACUUCAAUUUUGUCGAUUCGACAACACGGCAACACGAGAGGAACGACUAAAGUCAGAUAAACUAGCAGCAAUACGAGACUUAUGGGCAAUGUGCUUAGCUCGAUCACAAGUAUGCUAUACGCCCGGUGGAUCGCUCACGGUAGACGAACAGCUUAUUCCAACUCGUGGCCGAUGCAAUUUUCGUCAGUAUAUGCCUAGUAAACCGGGAAAAUAUGGCCUGGAGGUCUUUUGGUGUUGUGAUUCAGGUACAGCACAUCCUUUGAAUGGUGAGGUUUAUCGGGGUCGUCAGCCUGGAGCAACUCAAGACGAACCAUUACUAAAGAUAACUAUUUUACCAGUGCAGAGUUGGCAGAGGAUCUUCUAG